GUAUACACGCCAAACCGCCGGGAUUAAUGUUACCAUCGACGAAAUCUGUGACACAGGUAUUACUCAUCGGACAGAUGAGAAGUGGGUCGUCGUUUACUGGUGAACUUUUCAACCAACAUCCUGAGGCCUUUUAUAUGUUCGAACCCCUACGUGGUCUUCUACAAGCAAAUAUUACAGAUAAACAAUCUGUUCUAAGUUUUGUUUUGACAGAAAAAUUCCAAAAAUGUUUGGAAUCACUCACAAACAGAUGUAAACAGUCUUCACUUCGAGUUGUUAAAUCAAUAAGAAUGACAACUGAGUUGGCUGAAACACUACUGUCAUCUUUACCCAAUUUAAAAAUAGUAUAUCUGGUUAGAGACCCGAGGGCAAUAAUCCAAUCUAGAAUGAUGCUUAAUCUCGUCGAUGAACAGAAUCUUAAGACAGAAUCUACCGAACUUUGUAGCAGAAUGGAUAAAGACAUGCAUUUCAUAAAAAAAUCGACCAUGAAAAGAAGGAUAAAAAUUGUGCGAUAUGAAAAAUUUGCAAGAAAUUCCGUAUCUGAGGCGAAGGAUUUAUUCAAAUUUGUUGGUAGUGAGUUUCAUACUGAUAUUGUAAAAUGGAUCGAACAAAACUCUGUUAAAUCUACAAAUUUUAACCCAUAUUCCACGUCGAGAAACUCUUCGGAAUCCGUAGGCCGUUGGCUAACGCAAAUUAAACGUGAAACUGCCUUAAAAGUUGACGAAUCGUGUGUAAACUUAUACAAAGCCGUAGGCUAUAAAGAAUUCGAUGAUUUGAUAGAGUAAAUUUUGGUCUCAUCACUCUUGUUUAAACUUGUAACUUAUUAUGUACUGUUUUCUAAAAAAAAAGUCUGUACAUUUUCAAACGUAUUCCAGCAAAGAAUGAUAAGAGAUAGAUGUCCCAGAACUACA